AUGGAAGCUGGUCAAGGAGCCAUGGGUGGUGGGGCUGCGAGCCCAACGACGAGCGUCCGUCCAGGCACAGGAGGGAGCUACAACAAGAGGAAGAGGAGCGGCGCCGAGUUCGAGAGCAGCCCUGGCUCUGGCGGAGACGACAAUGAAGAUGAAGGGGAGAGAAGACGGCAACCUGGUGUCAAGAGAGCUUGCAAUGAGUGUAGACAGCAGAAGUUGCGCUGCGAUGUGAUCCAAGAUCCCUUCACGACUUGCUCGCGCUGCAAUCGAUUGAAGCUUGAAUGCAAGAUUGAGUCAAACUUCAAGCGCGUUGGCAAGAGAAGCAAGCAUGCAGAGAUGGAAAAGCAAAUUGAACGGCUCCGACAGAGCCUACAACGCGCCCAAGCUAUGGGAUAUGUGAUUGAAGAUGAGGAAGAGCUUGAUUCCCCAAUGGCGAAUGGCGUAUACUCGAGGAAUAACCAAUCGUUCAUGGGCUCAGACGAGGCUGUCUCAUCACUCCUACAUCUGAAGCAAGGCGGAUCUUACAACAUGCCUCGAAUUGCGCGGGAGAUUGAGAAUGUAGGAUUGACGGAAGAUGCUAUCAACCACCUCUUCAAUGAGUUCUGGUGCUAUUAUCAUCCGUACCUCCCAUUCCUCUCUCCUCAACAAACUCCUGAUCAAUACUAUCAACAACAUCCUCUCCUAUUCUGGACAAUCAUUGCAGUUGCAGCUCGUCGCUAUACUGCUGAUCCGGGAUUGCUCACUUCGCUCAUUGGCCCAAUCACAAGAUUACUCUGGACAACUGUUGGUGAGGUCCCAAGUAGCCAUUAUGUCGUUAAGGCGUUGUGUUUGCUUUGCACAUGGCCCCUCCCUACAAGCACUACGUCUACAGAUCCAACACACAUCUUGUGUGGUGUCAUGAUGAAGACCGCCACUGGAAUUGGACUUCAUAGACCGAGUCAUACCCAAGAUUUCUCCCGCGUAUCUGUCGAGCUCAACAAGGAGCAAUUGCAUGAUCGAGUAACAACUUGGGCUGUUUGCAACAUUGUCGCUCAAAGCAUUGGUACUGGCUAUGGUCAACCAGCUUCUACACUCUAUGACUGGACUCUCGCCAUCAGACCCGGUGACGACGGACCCUUCGUUCUGUCACCAGAGCUUGAAGCACGUCUACAAAUCGAGCGAUUCUGCGACAAGGUCUCCAAGGAGAUGUACAGCAACGCAACUGAUCCGCGAGGAGUGGCGGGUGAUGAGCUAAGAGCCAUGUUGACUCGAGUAUACCGACGAGAAUAUAAUGAGCUCCAAGUCUCAAUCAUGUCAAGACAGGAUCUAUCAGCAAUCGUCAACCUUCAUCUGAAAGCUGCUGGCUUGCAUCUCCGCCUAUCUGCUUUCUUUGACUCAAGCACAACUCCAGGAUACAUGGAUGACCUAAUGGGCCUAUGGCGCGCGGUCCUUGCGUUCUUGGACCUCGUCUUCGAGCUCGAGUCGCCGACGGCAGAUAACAUGAGUGGAAACAUUCUUCGUUUCGCUUCGAACUAUAUCUUACAAAUGAUCAACGCAGCAUGUUUCGCUCUCUUGAAAUUACUUAGCUCGUUCUUCUCUCGAGAGAUUGAAUUCGAGCGAGGCCGAAUACUCUUCCACCGUACCAUUCAAGCAAUCCGAAGCAUGAGCGUCAUCAACAACGACCUCCCAUGGAGACUUGCGGAGUUGAUGGUCCAAAUGUGGAACGGAGCUCGCGUCGAGCAACGGAGCCGACAACAACAGAUGUCCAACAACGGCAACGGCAACGGCCAGGACGCCCGAGCCGUCAUCGACGACAGCCUCCAACUCAAAGUAAGAUGCAGAAUGAGCAUGAGCCUCGUCUUCGACUCGAUCUGGCGAUGGCGCGAGGAGUUCCAAGCUCAAGGUCGCGGAAACCUCGAAGGUCAGCUCUCCCCGUUUCCCCCGUGGUGUGUGAGAAGUGAGAAGCAAGCUUACGCCUAUUCCAUAGCAGCCAUGAAGAACCCUACAAACCCCGACAGCGCAGCCGAGUCCUCGGCGUCGUCGACACACAUGGACGCAACACUCAUGCCUCCGGCUCACCAACUGCAGAACCACCUCCUCGCCGCGGCGGGUGCCGUGACUCCAAACCAUGGCUUGCCGAGCAGUAGCAUGAUCAGCGGCAGUGUCGGCUACAGCGAGAGCAACUACGAAGUCUUCGACCCGCUGAACUGGAUGCUUGACGGCCUCGUCGAUUUCCCAUACUCCUACGCCGCUAUACAAGGCUUGGAGGCCAAUGGAAUGGGUUAGACGGCUCUUUCUCUCGCAUGACCCUGCUACGCCAGACCAAGAUUGACGAAGCCAUGAACAAAAUAUAUGGCGGGCUAAUUGACCACGAACAUGAAAUGAACGUGCUCGGUCGCUGUCGCACAUGAUCACAAAUUGGCUCGAUCAUCGCGAAUUGCUCCCGUUUUUCUUUUCUUCUACUUACAUAUGAAAGCGUACACAGUCGCCUUGCUAAUACACCACACGCGAACGAUAAAUACGCGCUGGCCCUUUUUUCUUUCUUCUCGCGUUGCUUUGCUUUGAUUUGGAGGAUGAAUACCCUGAUGGAUGAAACGCAAUUUGCACGACCUGAGAUGAAACGGAGGCAAUGCAUGUUGAAGGCUGAAUAAUUUUUCUUUUCUUUUUUUUAUAUUGGGAUUCGUUUGAGUGUGGAUAACUAAAGUGGUAAGGUAGCUAGCUAGCUACUAUACUACGUAGGGCUGCA